AUGGCUGAGAAGCAGGAGGAGACUCUCGUGCAAGACGAGAAGCCCAACCUUGACGCUAGCUCUUUGCCUGGGCCGGCCCCAGCCUCGAAUUCCGAAAAACCAGUCGCCGCGAAGAUCUCCCGCAAGCCAGUCCGGCAGUCCUUUAUCGACAUUGACAAAACAAACCCACGAGAGUUCGAAGGCGAGGUGGAGACGAACAAUGAGCUUCCCUCGCCAGACACACUAAGGGAAAUUGAAGAUUACAUUGUGCUGGAUCGCGAUGGCCGAUCACAUGCUUUCAAGUCACUCUAUAGUGGCAACAACGUCGCACGCAGGGUCAUGGUGAUAUUUAUACGGCACUUCUACUGUGGUAUGUGCCAGGACUACAUACGAACCCUGUCCGAGACAAUCACACCCGACUCCCUUCUCGCUCUGCCUCUGAGCACGUUUAUCGUCAUCGUUGGUUGCGGCGACUCUGCGUUUAUCGACGACUACGCAAAGACCACGAAAUGCCAAUUUCCGAUCUAUUCUGAUCCAAAGCGAUCCCUGUACAAUGCCCUGGGAAUGCAGCAGUCGCUGAAUCUUGGAGGCAAACCAGCGUACAUCAAGCAAUCGCUGCUGCAGUCCACAAUGGCCGGGAUCGCACAGGGACUAAAAGCCAUCCCGUCAGGACUGGUGCUCAAGGCCGGGAACCAGCGGCAGGUGGGCGGUGAAUUUCUGUUCGAACCGGCAGACAUGGUCACCCCUAUCAGCACGCCAAAGGAACAGAAGCAGCAGCCAUUCGGGGCUCCCGACGCUGCUGGCGGCAAUAGCAGGAGCCAGAGCGGCGCGGACGAUGACGAUGAGUUACGCGUGGAGGAGAAGAGGGUAACCUGGUGCCACCGCAUGAAAUCCACCCGGGAUCACUGUGAGAUGCCCGAGCUUAUGGAGGUUCUCGGCAUGAAUGUCAAGCAGCACAACAGCGAGAAGGAAGAAGAGAAAUGGGACAAGGCAUCGAGGAGCAGAAAAGGGACCGGGAGCAGUAUGGCGCGGCAGAUGAGUGAGCUAAGUGCGCUCAACGGGGUUGGACCAGCAGCGGCCUCGCCGGUCGAGGCAGCAAAGCAAAAUGCUUGA